AUGUGGCGGCGAGUUUCAUUUCCCGGGCGGCAGGUUGCGACGCCCGAGCCCGGCUCGCAGCUGGAGGCGGCGCAGCUAAUAUCGCGGCCCCCCGGGGGCGGCGGAGGCGGCGGAGGCGGCGGCUCCGCACGGCCCCGUGUCUCGGCUGAAUACGGAGCGCGUCCCGUCGCGUGCCGUUAUUAUACUCGUAAUAAGGUGGCGCGCGCCGCGAUAUUAACGCGGAUCAGCCGCGCGGCCCGUGGUCGGAUCUUCCCUCCGCCCCCAGCCUGCCGCCCCCAACCACCCUCCGCUGGCGGUGGUCGCCCGGCUGCCUCUCAGUAUUUUAACUGCCAUAGAAAUGAAUCAGGGACACAUACAGCUUACUGUGAAAAAUGGGACGUUUAUGUGGAGUCCCCGCGCCCUGAACUGCCGUGCGCGGGCCAACGCUCGGAGGUGCGAGGUGCUGCCUGCGGGGUGUCGGCGUCGCAACCGCAGCCGCAGCAGCAGCCGGCGGAGUGCCGCCGCCCCUGCUCUCCGCCGACAAAGGCCAUCGACGGCAUCUCGGCGCACAAUGACGCCCGUCCCGGGGACAAUGGGGGCGCGCGUUCGGCCGCCGAAGCCUGCGACGGGCCGGGGCUGCGCAUUUGA